AUGGAUGCCAACCAAGCUGGUGGUCACGGCUUUUGGAGGUAUCUGAUCAAUCCUCAGAAGCGCGCGACACCACAACUCGAGCAGCUCUGCCUCGGUAUUGCCAAAAUCAUUCCAACCCUCGAGCCUCGCUCCGACUCUGACCUCCUCACCCCGCAACGACUUGCCCUCUUCUACAGAGCAGUCGGCGGCAACUACGACUCUCUCUUCCUCAAUACCUCCGAACAUGGCCUUUCCUUUAUGUAUACCACUCUCGGCUGUUUCCACAGCUUGCAGCCUACACAAUCUCCCUUCGACACUCCCAAAAUACCUUGCCUGACUCCCACCGGCUUCGCUCGCUGGUUGACCAUUCAAAUGCUUCUAUGCCCUGAAGAGAACAUUGUCUUUUUGCAGAAAUCCGUUCAAGUCUGGAACAUUCCCGGCCCAAAUGGGACUAUCUUCCCCAAAUACAUCCCCAGAGAAGCCUUUCCGACUCGACCAGACGAGGAGAUGGAGAACUGGCAUAGAAUGGUCACGGGCAAAUUGAACCAAAAGAAUUACAUGCGCCGCAUUCAAAACUCCCCUUACCAAUCUCCUCAUCCAGAAGCCCAUGACCGACGGGAUGGCUAUUUCUCAGGCGGCCAAGUAGGCAAGCCAUCGCGGCUCUCGCGAAGCAGUUCGCGUGACGAUCAGACCGCCCUCUAUCGGAGACGAAGCAGUGUCCCAGACUUUGUCUCUCCCUCAGGCGAACGUGGCUCUCACUGGGAGCCGAAACACCCUGAGGGUCCUAGGAAGGCUAGAAGCCACUCCGCCCAACGAUCCCCUGCUCCUCCAGCCCGUCAACGAUCUCACACUGCUAGCGGUAACCAUGCCAGUCAACAGUCCGCACCAAAUCCAAAUAGCCCUUCCAACAGAAGACCUGGCGGAAAAGCCGAUCAGAACGGCCGACGAACUUCUGGAUACAACACUCACUAUAGAUCACCCGCACGCACUCCUUCAACCGUCGACGAAGAUACGGGCAGCGAGGCAAGCUCCGAAAACUCGCAGGCCGGCCCUCGUCCUCGCAGACCUGGCGAAGGUCGCCAGACCCGCCGUUCUAGUCUUUGGGUGCCCUCAAUUUUCAGGUCGCACAAACGUCGUCAUUCAUCUGAUGCAAGCUACCGUGCGCCUUCCAAACAUACACAACCUCUACGACCCGAGCACUACCGUGCGAGCAAUCCACAACCUCUACAACCUUCACAUCCUCAUCGUGGAGGCGGUGCCCCUCAAUGGCGUGAAUCUAAUUGGGAUACCGAGGUACCGAAUCCAAAGCCUGCUUCGCCUAUGCAAGCACAGGUACAUCCAGAUCCACGUGCUCCAACUAUCCGGUAUCCGGAUCAAAACAAUUUCGGACAGCCAUUAACCAGAGAAAGCAGCAGCGGAAGCGGUACAGAUCACAGACACCGCACAUCGGACUACGAAAGAAAUAGUCACCGAAGAGGGCACGCUGCACCGCCUCGAAUUGCGACAGUUGCAGGCGUCCACGGAAGACAAUAUCCCGAUGCUCUGAGUCCCAUUGAGAGACAACGGAAUCAUGUCAAUUCCCGUGGUGGCGUGGCAGCCGUUGUUUAG